GCCCUCGCCGCCCUGCCUCGCUCGGCGCCGGAGCCGCCCGCCCGCCGCCCGCCGCGGCCCGUCCCCGCCGGGGUCCCAGCCUGCACGGGCCGGGGCCGCGGGCGCCGCCGCAGGACGGGGAGGCGGGCCAUGGCGUCCUGCGUGGGGAGCCGGACCCUGAGCAAAGACGACGUGAACUACAAGAUGCAUUUCCGGAUGAUCAACGAGCAGCAAGUGGAGGACAUCACCAUCGACUUCUUCUACCGGCCGCACACCAUCACGCUGCUCAGCUUCACCAUCGUCAGCCUCAUGUACUUCGCCUUCACCAGGGACGACUCUGUCCCGGAGGACAACAUCUGGAGGGGCAUCCUGUCGGUGGGCUUCUUCUUCCUCAUCAUCAGUGUCCUGGCGUUCCCCAAUGGUCCCUUCACGAGGCCGCAUCCAGCCCUGUGGCGCAUGGUGUUUGGCCUCAGCGUGCUCUACUUCCUCUUCCUCGUCUUCCUCCUCUUCCUCAACUUCGAGCAGGUCAAGUCGCUCAUGUACUGGCUGGACCCCAACCUCCGCUACGCCACCCGGGAGGCAGACGUCAUGGAGUACGCGGUGAACUGCCACGUGAUCACCUGGGAGCGCCUGGUCAGCCACUUCGACAUCUUCGCCUUCGGGCACUUCUGGGGCUGGGCCAUGAAGGCGCUGCUCAUCCGCAGCUACGGGCUCUGCUGGACCAUCAGCAUCACCUGGGAGCUCACCGAGCUCUUCUUCAUGCACCUCCUGCCCAACUUCGCCGAGUGCUGGUGGGACCAGGUCAUCCUGGACAUCCUCCUGUGCAACGGCGGCGGCAUCUGGCUGGGCAUGGUGGUCUGCCGCUUCCUGGAGAUGAGGACCUACCACUGGGCCAGCUUCAAGGAUAUCCAUAGCACCACGGGCAAGAUCAAGAGGGCCGUGCUGCAGUUCACGCCGGCCAGCUGGACCUACGUGCGCUGGUUUGACCCCAAGUCGUCCUUCCAGAGGGUGGCGGGCAUCUACCUGUUCAUGAUCAUCUGGCAGCUGACCGAGUUGAACACCUUCUUCUUGAAGCACAUCUUCGUGUUCCAGGCCAGCCACCCGCUCAGCUGGUGUCGGAUCCUCUUCAUCGGCGGCAUCACGGCGCCCACCGUGAGGCAGUACUACGCUUACCUCACUGACACACAGUGCAAGCGUGUGGGGACCCAGUGCUGGGUGUUCGGGGUCAUCGGCUUCCUGGAGGCCAUCGUGUGCAUCAAGUUCGGCCAGGACCUCUUCUCCAAGACCCAGAUCCUCUACGUGGUGCUCUGGCUGCUCUGUGUGGCCUUCACCACCUUCCUGUGUCUGUACGGCAUGGUGUGGUACGCGGAGCACUACGGCCACCGGGAGAAGACCUACUCCGAGUGCGAGGACGCCUCCUACAGCCCCGAGAUCUCCUGGCCGCACCGGAAAGGGACGAAAGGUUCGGAGGACAGCCCUCCCAAGCACUCCGGCAACAGCGAGAGCCACUCCUCCCGGCGCCGGAACCGCCACUCCAAGGCCAAAGUCACCAACGGCGGCGUGGGCAAGAAGUGAUGGGGCACGGGGACUCCGGGGUCAACUGUCGGAGUCACUGUCGCAUUACUCGGGGGCCGGCAUGGCUCACCCCAAGGCCGGGGUCUGCGGGGCUGGACGCCGGGGGACCCCCGGGACCCCUUCAAGCUUGAACCAGAACCCCCGCCCCAACAGACUGGCCCCCCGGCCUUCAUUUCUAUGAACCCGCCUUCCCUGUAAGCCAGCGAGCGGGCGGUCAGUGGCUCUCCCGCCUCGCCCCUCCUUGUCGUCCUGCCUCGUGUCUGAGUUUGGAUGCUUAAAAGCCUCUGGAGCCACGGCUGACGCGGACUUGGGGACUUGGGGGGUCCCUCCCCCCUCCAUCUUCUCCAGGAAGAGGAACAAGAAGAAAAAGGUGGGGGAGCCUUUGUGAUCCCCACGGGCCGCUCCGGUGUGGGGGACUGCCGCUGAGGAAGGCCCCUCCCACCCUCACCCCCGCCCCGGGGUAGGGCCACGUCCCCAUGCCCAGACCACGUCUCCAUCCCACGUAAGGUGCUGCUGGUGAGCCUCCCUGCUGUCCCCUUCGUUCUGUGCCAUGUUCUUGGACUCGACCCUGCCCGUCGCCUCCAAUGGCUCCUCCCUGUUUGAAAUAAAAUCUCGACC